UAAUAAUAAUUAAGCUGUAAGCAAUAAGCUAUAAUAUUGUGUUUUGUGAAUAAUAGUACCAAGUAGUAAGUAGUUAGUGGUGUGGCUUGUGCUAUGAACGAUAAUUUUUCUACGUAUACUACGUAAUCAGCUACAUUUGUCUUCAAUCGAGGUUUUCUAGUUAAUAGGUGUAUAGUUACAAGUACGAAAUGGGUUUAACAUUGUCAAGCGUUUUUACCAGAUUAUUUGGCAAAAAGCAAAUGCGGAUUUUGAUGGUUGGUCUAGAUGCUGCCGGUAAAACUACUAUUCUUUAUAAACUGAAACUGGGAGAAAUCAUAACAACUAUUCCUACUAUCGGUUUCAAUGUUGAAACUGUUGAAUACAAAAACAUAGCAUUUACAGUUUGGGAUGUAGGUGGUCAAGACAAAAUUCGACCAUUGUGGCGACAUUAUUUUCAAAAUACUCAAGGACUAAUUUUUGUGGUGGAUUCUAAUGACCGUGAAAGAGUAGCUGAAGCAGAACGUGAGCUACAUAACAUGCUACAAGAGGACGAUCUCAGAGAUGCUGUGCUUUUAGUAUUUGCUAAUAAACAAGAUCUUCCUAAUGCAAUGAAUGUAUCGGAUCUCACUAACAAACUUGGAUUAAAUCAAUUGCACCAAAGGAAAUGGUAUAUCCAGUCAACAUGUGCCACUCAAGGCAAUGGCUUGUAUGAAGGACUAGAUUGGCUGUCGAAUGAAUUGGCUAAAUAAUAUUUUAUUUUAUAUACUUUAAUGCCAAUUUAACAUCCUCCUUUUAUAAAAUGCAUUGUCUUUGGAACUAUUAAAGAUUAUAAUAUUUAUUUA